GCACGCGCGCCGGCGUGCGGGGGUUAUGCGUAGCGACGCACGACGUCGCCUCGCGUGCGUGGCGCGGCGCGGCGCGUGUCACGUGGGGGGGGGGGCAGCCCGGCGCUGGGGCGGGCGAGCGGCGAUGCCCAAGUACUGCCGGGCGCCGAACUGCUCCAACUCGGCCGGGCCGCGGCGGCCGGGCCGCGAGCGCCUCAGCUUCUAUAGGUUUCCCUUGCAUAACCCAGAACGACUCCAACAAUGGCUCUCUCAGAUGAACCAAGAGAAGUGGGUACCCACCAGAUAUCAGCAUUUAUGCAACGAGCACUUUGCUCCGUCGUGUUUCGAAUACAGGUGGGGGGUUCGCUAUCUAAAGCCUGAUGCUGUCCCCACCAUCUUUCAACUGUCUGAAAACCCCCUGAAAAGGGAGAAUCUUGCCAGGCCUCCAUGCGAAACACAGACCAAGAAGCUAAUUGUUGAGACCAGCAUGGACAGGACCUUGCAGGGACCACAAGCCGUAGCUGCCCACCCCACUCAGGACACACUGGAAGCUCUCGCCAUAGCUAUCGACCCGGGUCUGUCCUCAGCCCCGAUCUAUGUGGAAACCCAGCCCUCUGUUUCGGAUCUGGACCUCCAUGCCCUCUCCUCCCCUCUGGUCGGGGCGGUGAACCUGAUGCCUCUCGUUCAGAUCAUGGAGCCACUCAACGCUGUGGCCCUGGCCAUGGCCUCGCCCACGGAGGGCAUAGAGUCCAUCCCCAUCCAUCUCCCGGGCCAGCCGUUUCCUCCCGCCAUGGACCAGCGUGUGGAUUUCUCCGUCGAGGCCUCUCCGGACUCUUUCGUGGCGGACGUGCCCGAGCAGUUUGCCACAGAGAUCAUGGUCUCUUGUGAGGAUGCUGCUGUGGUGGACCAGCCUGAGGGCACCUUCGAUGCUGAUCAGCCGCAUACCUUGGUGGCCACAGUGGACCCACAGGAGAUCGCAGACCAGGGCACCCUCUUCAUUGAGAACGUGUCCAUCCAGCCCUUUCUGGAAACUGACCCUUCCACCGCAGCUGUCCUGAGCUCCCUGCAGGUGUCGACCACCCAGAUGGUGGCAUAUUUCGAGACGAUCCCCACCGCGCCAGUGGUGUCCUCCGGUGCCAUGGGGCCGCUGACGUCCAGUGCGUCGACUCCCGAGACCGUGUUGUCCUCGGCCUUGACAGUGCCCAUUGUCUCCACGGUGCCCAUCGUGUCGAACUAUGCCGCUGGCUCCCUGGACGAUGACGACGACUCCACCAUCGAAGUGGAGCUUUGUGCCGAAACCCUGGAGGAGCAGCUCGAGGAGCACCGCUACCACAAGAACGAGCUAACCACCCAGCAGCUGGUCGACCUGGUGAUGGGCCUGCAGAAGAAGGUCAAGGUGCUGCAGCAGCGACAUCGGCGUCACUGCACCAAACUGGAAGCCAUGGAGGGCGUAGUGGAGCAGCUGAGGAAGGAGAGCCUGGUGUCGGAAGAGAAGCUCAAGCUGCUGGAGAUGGCUUGCCUGCAGUCCAGUGCGGUGAUGCCAGAAAGCGGCAGCACAGUUGCCAUCAUUUGUCAGGAGGAAGACCGGGCUCUAGUGUAUGCUGUUCCCCAGCUCCCAGAGGAAGGGAAUGAGACAAUCAUCCAUGUGGAAGAGCAGUAACCCAGAGACCCGUCCUCUAGAGCCCUCCGCUCCCUGCUUUACUGAGCUGCACGUUCAGGGAUCGCCCAGGUCCUUCUCUCCCCAGCAACAGGAGCGGCGAUUCCCGUGCUGCUGGCGGUGUUGCGGCAGCUGCGUAUUCAAUGGCCUUAAUGCUAUGGCACCUUAUUUUUGUGGGGAGUGGAGAGGUGGGUUUGUUUCAAGUUGGAAUGAUUGUUUAUAUAGGGUCGUCUUGUGAGGGGGAUCAAGUUACUGGCUUGUCCAUGCAUCCACCUCCCCGAGCAUCUGAGCUGCGGGGUCCUGCUGUCACCGGGUUAAUAACCACCGAUUAAAAUCCGUAUUUACUUGUGUACUCGCUCCGCCUGUGUAUAAGCUGGCUGCCUGGUUGAGUGACAACAAAAAUGAGUGGGGUGUGAUAAGCCAAUCCAACUCACACCGUCCUAAGCUGCUGAAAACUCCUCCUGCCAGAUCUCUGCUUUGCUGCUGGCCCUGAGGCUUCUGCCUCCUCUGGGUCAUCCUGUGUAUAAGCCCUCCCCCAUGGAUGCUUUGGAAUCCUAGCACAAAUUUCUCUGCCUAUGCACAAGUGUCUGGGCGGAUGGGAAAUGGACCGAGCAGACUGAACCAGCAAAGCCGGGCUGGAAAUCUUGAGGAUACCAGUGCUUGCCCAAGAUCUGGGCUGCAAAGGUCCUGGAGGGAUGCGUGACUGUGUAUCAGUUAACACUGGCCAGCAACAUUGUCACCCAAAACGCUGUCAUUACAAGGCUCUCCGCACCUCCCCAGGGUCCCAUGCAUCCUGGGUGUGCGCAGUUUGCCGUGAUAUUUAAAUGGCUUGUUCUAGGCAGUGGUGCCAACCCAAAAUGUUCAAAACAUCACCAAAAAAUCAGGAGCUUGGCUUUAAAAUCUUGAGAUGAUAUAAAAAUAAUGGCUUUGGUGUUCUCUUUUUAUUUGCCUUCUGCUUUUUGAGCCUUUAGGAUGCCCUGGGGUCACAUUUUGAAGCUUUCUCCCCAGCCAGGAGGACUAGAAACUUACUGUUGCUUUAAGAAUGAAGGCUGCAAUCAUCACAUCUCCAGGAGCUGGGGCUUUAAGGAAAAUAAUAAUUAUCAUGAGACUCAGGACAAAAUCAUGAGAGUUGGCAACACUGUGUAGGAGGCUUGUAAUGCUGCAGGUUUAACAGCUGGGGAGAUGGGCAGAGCCAGUCACUUCAGGGAACAUGGAUGUGUGCACUAGCUCUGCGGAGUGGUUUGUGGCUGCCAGGAGUUGGGGUCAUCAGAAAGCUUGAUAAAGGAUUUGGCAGAGGGGUUGGGCAUCUGGGAUUUUGGGGGGGUGGAAAGAUGGGGGUGUCUCCUGACUCCCAUGACUCCUGCUUUUUUCUGAGCCCAAUCCAUGAAUGUUUAGAGCCUGACCCAUGACUCCAAUGGGGGCUUUUGUGCUGGGUGCCCUAGCAUUGCAGCCAGCUCUUGUAUAUGGCUUCCUGCUAUCGGGUUCCCUGUUUGGAAGACACUGCAGUUAAGCAAUUCGGCUGCUGUUGAGGAUGAUGGCAAAGCUCCCAUUGACUUGAGUAGGUGCAGGAUUGGUCCCUGAAUUGCAAGUUAUCAGUAGAAGAAAAAGCUUUGUUUAGAUCUGAGGAUAACUCCUCCUCCAAAGGCUUUAAAGCAAUGCUAUCCGCCCCCCUUCCACCACCACCAUUUUGUCCCGUUGCCAGUGGCUUUCCCUGACUAGCUGUGUACUUGAUUCUUUCCUGAGGGUGUGAAUAAAUUCCCUUCCACUUUAUUUUUUUAUUUAAGUUUAUUUUUAAUACAAUUGUUUGCAAAUGAAACAGCUGGAAUCAAAGGUUGACUGGCCAGGCAACACCACGAUUUUAGAUCCUGUUGAAUGUGUUUGAGGGGAGAGACAGGGAUCUCAUCGUGUUUAAAUCUUGAUUUCUCUCUCCACUGGAGAGAUUGUGUUUGUACCUGGUUAAAAAAUGCUUUAAUAAAAAUGAAUGAUGAGGACAAAGAA